UCACAGUCUUCGGUACAAAAUUGUAUGAUUUCCUUUCGAUUUGUGGACUUUUUGCUAAUGGGAUUAGGAUUCACGACAUAUUCCGUUUAAAUUACAGAUUUUUUAUUGAGAACCUAAUUUAAAAAAUGUAUAAUUUGAAUGCAGUAAGUUGCUCUCCACGUAAACUGUGUGGCUGCACCUGCUGUUGCAUCCAUCAGCAAAAUUCUAGUGCAUAUCGAAUGGCGAACCAUAUGGAUAGCGCCUAUAAAGGGCGGCAUAAGGCACAAGGCGCGGGACAGAUGCACUUUCAAAGGAACUGCAUGACGAAAGCCGAGGCACCUCUUAAAGCUCCCAACAAACAGUUAAUGAGGGCCGCUGUGAGAACGUUAGAAGAACUUAGUAAUGGCUCAGUGGAGACUGCUUCAAGAAUGGAGUCUAAUUCGUCGGCUCUAGCAGUUCCCAGUGAAUCUACAAAACAAUCAUCUUCGAGAAAGGGCUCUCAGCUGGCGCCUCUAAAAGAUUCCAAUGGAGAAUCGGAGAAGACAGCUUCGAGAAUGGGGUCCAGGUCGUCACAUCUGACAGCGCCCAAGGAACAGUUAGUGGAGGCCACUGCGCGCAUGGGCUCUAAGUCGUCGGCGCCAGGGGAACUCACUAAAGGUUCAGCAGGUGGCACUUCGAGAAUCGGCUCAUACUCGGAUAAAGUAGAGGAGACGAGCAGUAAGUCGUCGCAGCCAAUAGAAGCUACUAAAGGAGCAGUGGGAACAUCUUCGAGAAUGCGCUCUCAGUCAUCACCGCUAACAGAGCCCAAUGGAGAUUUAGUUGAGUUGGUUUCGAGAAAGGGGUUCAAGUCGAUACAUCUUGCACAGCCCAAGGAAAGGUCAGAGGGCAGGGAGUUGCUACCCCCAGCAGUUCAAAGUAGAGAGCCCGUAGAGGUCUUGUCACAGCCAAGAAAAUCCAUGAGAGGCGCUACCAACUUGGGUUUGAGUAACUCUCCGAAAAUUGGCUCUAAGUUAGCGUCGCCUUUUGGUUCAAAAAUUGAUGCAAAGUCGUUAAACAAGAGUCGCUUUGAUAAGCAGAUGCAUGGGCUAGCAACUACUACCCAGGAAAGGAGACCCUCCACACUGCCACUGAAAACAACAGCCAAGAAUCAGUCUGCAGCAUUGGACAUGAACUCAAAAUUAUUCGAGGAACUAAAGCUCCUUUUGAAUGAGAGAUGCUUUUAUGGGCUUCGCUACAACAAUAAUUUGUUGAAACAGCCACAAAAGUCGAAUGAAGCAAAGCAAAGUCAAACCAAGGCGAAGAGUGAGAAGCUGGAGAAGCUUAGGCCUAGGACAAAGCUCAAGAAACUGAAGAAGAAACCUCCUACGUCUGUGCCCCAAGCAAAGCCAGAGCCCAUCAAUGAGUUGUGCUUCGAGGGCAAUGUGCCCUUGAGGAUUAGCAUACCCAUUUCGAAGUGUAUUGAAAAUUUUUGUAACAUGAACGCGAAGUUUUACGCAACAAAUGAUAGGAAGACAUAUUCUGAUCCUUCCACGGUCAAGGCAGUGGAGUCGGCUUGCAAAUUCUGCAUCACAUUGUAUCCGAUGGGCUGCCAGCCAGUCAUGAUGCCACCUGCUGUUGCAGCUCUUGCAGCUGCUCCUGAGACUUGUGCUGCAACUGCUCUGGCUGCUGCAAGUCCAACUAAUCUGGCAAAGUCUAGGCAAGCACAGGCGACUGUGGCAAAGAAAAGCUUAAGGAAAAAAUUACUGAAGCCGAAGAAACUGCCAGCUGCUGAAUUUUGCUGCUAUUGUCAACAUGCUCUACCAACUAAGCAAACAGUGAAUGAUGAACAGGAAUCCAGGAUGCUCAACUUAAAAGAAACUCCAUCGAACUCUGUUGCAUCAAUGGAAUCCAGGACAAGGAGACGCGAAGCAAACCAAGGCGGUAACUCGAAAUAUAGCAAAACUAAUAAAAACGUUCAAUGCUGGGACAGAACUUCUGCAGCUCUGACUUCGAAGUGUAACUGCAGCGAGUCCUCAUCGAACGAUCAGCAGUCGAAGGCAAUAUUACCUUCACGCAUGGAAGAAGUAGCUCAGCCGAUUACAUUAUCUGAGACGACCAUUAAGUCUGAUCAAAUAAUAGAAGAUCCGGCUGCAUUGCCUUCGUCAAGCAGGAAGCGUUCCUUUGGGAGUCGAUUGAAUAAUCUACCUUCGUCUAGCAGAGCUCCGAGUCAGACGAGCAAUACCCAUUCAGAAUAUAAAACUGAGUACAAGAAUGCUGCGUCACCACGAAGCUCACAAGCAACUUCAAUAAAAUCUGAGGCGCUUAAAGAGCUGUUGACCUCCAUUGAAGAACCAAUAAUAAACAGCAUUGUCGAUCGAAUAGAGAAUCCCCAUCGUGUCUCCACAGUAGAUCAAGUGCCAACUGCCGUGGGUGAGAAGCCACCUGAAGAGUCUGAGCGAUUUUUCAGUCAACUGGUCCGCAACUGCAACGCGCAUUGUGAAAAAACAUUCUUGGCUACUCAGGAGAUUUUGAGGCGUCUUACAGACGUGGACAAAACACGUGAGCCUGAUGCAUAUAAUUCAAGCCACAGAACUUCUGUCAAGGCAAUGGACGAGCAUGCAGAGAGGUCAAAUGUGGAGAAGCCAGUUAAUGGAUACCUGAAUCAAACGCCAAAGCGAUGCUCAUCGAACUUCCUGAAAUAUAAUGAAAUUGAUUCGCAUUCGUUGAGCAGCGAUAAAUUAAAAAGCCGUGCAAGGCAAAAGUCGCUCAAUCUGAAGCUAUGUCGCUUGAAAGAGGACCACAAUGAAUGCCUGCCCACUUUGAUAGAAUACAGUGUGGAGGCAAUUACACGUUGUCCCCCCAAGGCGACCGAUAGCAAAGUCCCAUUGGAUUCGAAUGUGAACCUGAUGUCUGGCCAUGAGCAUCUAAAUGAUUCAAAUGUAGAUGAUAUACUAGAAGAUAUGGAAAAAUGUUGCCAUCAGCUGCGCCCACACUGUGCAAUAAAUCAGACGAAAAUAUGGGCACCGUUUGCCAACCAGAUGACUGGCAAGAGCUGGAUGAAACUCAGUUGCCAAAGAUCUUAAAUGCCGUCACUCAGCCGCCGUCCGAAACUUUUGACAGUUCAGAGCAUCAGACGGAGGCUGAUAGAUCAAGCAGUUGUUCAG